ACAGCUCCGCCGGAAGCACCGUCACAGAGCGGAAGCAGCGCGGGACGAACCAACGUCAGCUGAGGGAGGAGUGGACGGAACCAUUUCUUGUCACUUGUACAUAAAGAAGAUAAAAUGUUUAUUGCAAUGGCAACUUUGGCCGGGUUUGGCCACACCCACAUGACUGGAGCGAGAGUAGAGCGCGAGCGCAGCAGACACUGCUGUCAGUCAAGCGUCUCCAGAGCAACAGUUUUACAGCUUAUGACUGCAUACAGCAGCCGCCGCAACCAAGAGACAUGAAUCUGAGUCCAUCUGAACAAAGCAUGCACAAACCGAGCGAGGACUGCACGGAAGUCAAUAAAGCCGAUCUACUAGCCCCCUGUUUUCGUAGAAACGCAUAUGAUGAAACCCUCACGUCUUACCACAACGGCUCCAUUAUAUCUCACCUACUGCGUAAAACUAUUCACAAUAAACUGACAGCCCUCGACAGCAACCUCCUUUACUUGCCGACGGCUAACGUUUCUGGUACCAGCAUGGUCGAUUCUGAAUCCAGCGUGACAGAUUUUUCUCAAGACACUCAGAGUUGCAUGUCCUUCAAAGACAGAAAUGAUGACCUGUCCUGUGGAAGUCAGAACUUGGGUACAGACGUCGAGUGCCCGUUGACCGAGCACCUCCAAGCGAAGCGUGCACGGGUGGAGAACAUUAUACGAGGCAUGGCUGGCUCACCCAAUUCCAGGUCACACGAAGAAGGAGAUGAAUGCGAAGCCAUGCGCUGUAGACGAGAAGCUCUGAAGGAAAACAAGCGCAAACAGAGACUUCCCCAACACCAGGAACCCAGUCAGAUCAAUGGGCAACCAAGCAUCAAAAACAACGGUGCUAAGACGAGCAAAGACGAGGAGUGUCACAAACUGAAGGAGCAGCUCCAGAGCAUGCAGCGUCUCCUUCAUCAGCUUCAGGAGAAGAUCUCUCACGUCUAUGACCAGAAUUACUGCAGGAAUGAGGAAAGGGAAGAUGAACGUGACAUACGGGAAUCUCUGAGUUUGAGCGUCAUAGGAAAACUCAACAAAAGUCUCAGCACCAUCGCAGGUAGCGACAAAGACAAACUGAACGUGCACGAUAGCGGUUUUACAUCAGACAGGGAGGUAAAGAACCUCCAGGAGACUCUGAAAUGUGAGCUGACCAGGACUGUAAGUGAAACCAUCGACAUGGUCUUCAGAAAACACUCGAUGGCCUUACUAACACAGUCAUCACAGCCAUGCCAGAGUCCAGCGCACUCGGAAACGGAGAAGCAAACUCAUGGAGAUUCGCCUCCGGAGAUCUCAGACUCUGACGAAAUGACCGCAGAGCGCUUCGAGAGCACACCUGUCAACAGCCCCGAACACCAAACCGAAGCUCUGUCCCUAGUGGUUCGGAAACCUUCCCUGAAUCAGUUCAACUCGGUCAGCCAGGGUAUAAAGAGACCCUAUCCACUCCACCAGACUCCUUUCCAGUUUGGCUACAAUGCUCCUUUUCAUGACAGCCAGAUCCUGGAGCACCUUUUGAAAUAUGGACCUCAUUCGACCUUCUCUACACUCCCCUGUCUGCCUCCAUCAUUGGAAAGGUCAUCACCAGACACCAUGGAUCAUACCUGGGAAAGCGUCACCAUGAGAUCUAAGGUAACCUCUGGUCAUUUGACUUCGCACCAUCGGCCCGGACCUCCCGGACUUGUGGCGGUAGAUACGCUUUGCCUGCCGCAUGUUAAAAUGGAGUGUGGCGAUCUUCAGAGUAUGGCGGAGAGAAGCUCUUUCAUCUCACUCAAUAUUCAGGAGGGUCUGACCCCAAAUCACCUGAAGAAAGCCAAACUCAUGUUCUUCUACACGCGCUAUCCAAGCUCAAACUUACUCAAGAACUUCUUCCCUGAUGUCAAGUUUAACCGCUGCAUCACAUCUCAGCUGAUCAAGUGGUUCAGUAACUUUCGGGAGUUUUACUACAUCCAGAUGGAGAAGUUUGCGCGUCAGGCCAUCACUGAUGGUGUUAAUGAUGUGAAGGAUAUAACCGUCAACAGAGAAUCUGAACUCUUCCGUGCCCUCAACAUGCACUACAAUAAAGCCAAUGACUUCCAGGUUCCAGACAGAUUUUUGGAGGUUGCUGAAAUCACACUUCAGGAGUUUUACAGUGCCAUUUCUCUGUCCAAAGACUCCGAUCCUUCAUGGAAAAAAGCAAUCUACAAAGUCAUCUGUAAACUGGACAGUGAUGUUCCUGAGGAUUUCAAGUCUCCUUCAUACAUGUAGACAGAGAGAGACAAUUUCAUUUUAAUUUAAGAAUCAUUUCUUUUCAUUUUAAAAAGUGUUUUGAUUCAGAAAGCAUUUGCAUAUGUUGAGACUGACUACACAAUAAUGAUUCUUGUCAACAGUUUCCCUUAAUACAGUUCUUAUGAUUAUUCAUUUGAAUUAAAGGGCAUUAACUGUUUGUCAUAUUUUCUAUAUAGUCUU